AUGUCGAGUCGGGGAUAUCUCCCCAUUCGAAAGUAUUAUGGCCAUGACUGUGUCUGUGAAGAAACUCAACCCCGUAGAGGAAAGAAUCUACCGGAAGGAUGCCUUGAUUCAAGAGCAAAAAAAUUACAUCAGCAAGAAAAAGAAGACUACGAAUUCACCAUGGGUUGGUUGAUGGAGAAUGCUCAUGUAGUUUACAAAGAUGAGCGAAAUCACGUGGCUGGAUUGAACGAGAUGCCAGAAGUAUCACUUUGCAAGGCACAUAGUAGUACGUUGUACCGCGCCAAAAAACGACACGAGCGCUCGGCACAUCAAACACCGCCGUCUCCCACCGAUUCAAAUGCUACUCUUUUGGAUGACAGGCAAAGCCAGAACCAGAACCAGAACCAGAACCAGAAACAGAGCCAGAGUCAGAGUCAGAGUCAGAGUCACGUCUACCAUGAACCUUACAAAUCUACUCAUUAUUCCCACUUGAAUUACUCGGCUCCCUAUUCAGGUCUCAAUGGUGGUCUGGCUGCAAAGGUCCGCGAGAUAUCUCAAGACUACCGCCAAUCCAGUCAUGACUCUUCACCCAGCUCGCCCGACUUUUCUGCCAUGGAAGCCUCGACAUCCAUCAAGAGAAAGCGGAUCACAAAGCAAUUGGACCAAAAACCUUACUCUAGUGCCUCCACUCCACUCUACGCCACAGGUGUAGCCCCACUUCUCUCGACAAUUCAUCAGCCACCCUCAUCUUCUACUUCCCCAUCCUCAGCCCACCGCCACACAACAAUCAGUCCAAAUUUCUCUUCCCAACUUCCUCCCCUUCACUCCCGUACUGCAUCUGUCUCUUCGCUCUCUAUCUAUUCUCGACAGCAUGGACCGGUCAAUUCGGCAUCGGCUCCCCCACUUUCCCUUCCUAACCCUUGUCCAACAAUUGUCGAGACCGUUUCACUCAAGAGCAUACCAAGUCCCACAGAUCCACAGAGUCUUUAUUAUCUUCGGAAUCUAGUUAUCACAGAUACUUUUACUUUUAGAGACCUAUUGGCCGAGGUGGACAUGACGGGCUCGCCACCCCCAGGAAAAAGAAUCGUUGUAUCGGAUGCUAGAAAUGAACGCACAUUCCCUUUGGAUCAAGCAAUUCGGAGUGUAAUCAAAAGGCCGUUCUCAUCUCAUGUCGAACUUUGUAUAGGAUUAGCCAACAAAACAUCCAUUGACUGGAGCACAUAUGUGUAAGGCACAAAUAAAUAAAUAAAAACAUGUUAUAUAUAUAUACAUAUAUAUAUAUAUAUAUAUACUUGUAAGUAUAUAAGCAU